CGUGCCCGAGGCCGGCGGCGACGCUCGCGAGCGCGCGCGAACGCGCACGAACGCUGCGUAAGAAAUCGUCUCGAGCGUUGCGUCGCGCGCACCGAGCGUCGCGCGCGGGCACGCGCGCGCGCACCGCGAACGCCGCGAACGUGGACCCGCGCGCCCAUCGGGUGGCGUUCGAGCGCGCGGGAACUGUGAUAUCAUGUCGCACGCGCGCGCGAGCGACGGCGCGAACGGGACGUCGACGCUCGCGAAGGAUGCAGAUGAAAUCCACGCAUCGAACGGUACCGACGCACGCGCGACGUCAAGCGCGAUCGAGCGUACGACGGGCGAUGGGCGCGAGGUUGGACACGAGAGCUGGGAGGUUGUGAGCGGGAAGAAAUCUUCAAAAACGUCUGGUAAAACGAGCGCGGAAAGCGCGGGAACGAGCGAGGAUGGGAAGAAACGAAGAAAUAGUGGAAGCGGCUCUCGCGCUGGGGGGGCGCAGAGGGCGGAUAAGGUGAACGCGGGUAAAGGAAGUCCACCAGACGUUCAAGCGGCGAGCGGCGAGGCCUCGAGCGGCGGCGCCGAACCGUCGGGAUGGGCCGCCAUCGUCACCGGAAGACUUAGCCCGAGCGAAGUGCCGGCGUCGUCGGUGGUGUCAAGUGAGACCACGGGCACACCAGCCGUUGAGCGCCUCAACUUGUCGCGAGAGAAGGAUGAGGCGAUGCGCGAAGUCGCGGCGCAAGACGACUCUACAGAUGGUUCGCCGCGAACCGCGCGCGAGACGCACAUCAUAGACGGAGCUCGCGAAAACGCACAAGCUGUCGGUGCUGGUGCGAAGGCAUUACGUGGCUGGGCUUCUAUUUUAGGUGGCAGUAGCGGAUUCCCCGAGGAAAAUCCUCGAAGCAAGUCGCCGAACGCGACCCAAGAGACGGCGGUAGCGGCAACGGAGGUGGCGCAUGAGCCGACUAAGGCCACGGCGGCGCCUAGCGCUCCGGCGUGGGGUGGAUGGGGAGCUCAAGCACCGCCAAAGGUUGACUUGAAGGCGACGAUGGAAGAGGACGCUGCGGCGGCUGCGGCCGCUCCUCCUCCUCCUCCGCCUUCGAAGAAGGAGUCGAAAAAGACGGAGGACAAGCCAGGCAAACAAAAUGGGCGCAAGAAGGAUUCUAAGAAGGACAAGUCUUCUAGCAAGCAACGUCAGCAAGAUACGUAUCGCAAGGAUAACAAUAAACCGGUCCGAAGCUCGGUGCCGGUGACCAAGGUUUCAGAACCAUCCGUCGACGCGUCUGCUGACCGUCCCAGAGCCCCUAUGACGUCUGAAGUUGAAGAUUUGCUCGUCGCAAAACUGGGAAGUGAGCUGCUUGACUGCGCGCACAUGCAAUUUUUCACUCCCACGGCGCAUUUGCUGAAGAAGGAGAGACGUGCGGUGGACAUCGUCAUUCGAGCCAUGAGCGCCAUCGUUCAGACGCUGUUUCCGGCGACCGGUCUCGAUGUUUUUGGUUCGUACCCUACGCGCGCAUGGGUGCCAGGGUCGAGUAAUUUGGACUUGUCGCUGGAUCUCCCUCCCGAGGCGAUGAUCGCUUCCCAUCCGGAGCGGCGAAUGGAGGCUUUAAAUACGCUCGCCAUGGCUUUGCGUACGAAUCCUUGGGUGCUCGACGUCACCGUCGUCCCGAGCUCGCACAGACCUUUGCUGCGCAUGACGACGCAUACUGCGUUCUUUCAGGCAAUGCCGCAGCAACUGCCGAGUAAAACAUCGGCGUCGAUUGCGGCAGCUAUCGCCGCCGUCACACCGCCGCCGGUAACCUCUGGGGACGGAACGCCGCCUCUGCCACCUGGCCCGCGUCCCGGCGCGCCGCCAUUCGGUAUUCCAGGCUUGGGUCAAAACGGUCUAGGCUUGCCGCUCGAAGUACACAUUUCUCUGAAAGAUGCGAAUCACAAGGGGCUGUCGUCGAUGCAAUUUGUGCAGGCUGCAGAAGAGCAACACGGCGCUUUGGCUCCGUUGGUGUGCGUGCAAAAGGCAGUUUUAGCGAGUAAAGGUUUGCGAGGCGUCUACCGCGGUGGUCUGGGAAGCUACGCGCUCACUUUGAUGGCCCUCACCGCGAUUCAACUUCGCAAUAGCCAAGAGAGCGAAACGGAGGAUGAAACCGUCGUGAGAGUGAGCACGUCCAAGGACGAGGCAAAAAAGUCGGACGAAGACGAGGCCAAUUCGCGAGACGCCCUCAUUCUCGGCCGAGCCAUGUUGAACUUCCUCAAACUGUACGGAUUCGAAACGGAUCUUUCCAAGGACAUUAUUUCAGUGCACAGCGGUGGUGACGGCGUAUGGGGCGUUCUUUCAGAAGCCGCUCAAUUUCCGGCGCCGCUCGGUUCUGGUUUACGCGUCAAGGAUCCAUUAGAUGGAUCAAAUAAUGCUGGAGCGGGAUGUUUCGGCAUUGCGGGUGUGCAAGCAGUAUUCAGAGAGCAGUUGGAAACGCUCCGAAAGGCUGCGGAGAAUGGCUUUGAGAGUAAUGUCCCACUCUUGAUGCAGCUCUUCACGCUAGGUGGAUCGCAAAAAGUCUUUGUCGUUUGAGUAGCACGUUGAUUGAAAAACACGGCGCGCGAAUAAUGCAAUAUUAUUACAUGAACAGCUAAAAUC